AUGUUUCUUAAAGAUUUCCUUAUUGAUGACAUCAAAUAAUAAUAAUCAUAGAAUCAAGUUUAUGGGUAAUCAUAAGUUGAUGAUAAUUAAAAUUCAGUAAAUCUAUAAAUUAAAUAGAAAAGAAAAUUUAGGCAGAUGUCAUAAUUCGAAAUAGAACAUACACAAAAAAUUUGGGAACAAAUGAGGCGUAGUAUGAUUUGUAGGAGGUCGAUUUUAAUUCAGUAAAUUGAUUCAAUAUACUUAGAUUCUAUUUGAAAAUGAGAAUGAGAAUAAAGACUAAUUGCUAUUCCAAAUUUAGACAAUUAAUUCGACUAAUUCAAUGAAUUAACCAGAAAUCGUCGAUUUUGAAUAAUGUAGAGCUUCCAUAGAAGAAGGUUGUUAGGAGAGAGAUUAGUAGUAAUAAUUAAAGAAUUAAGAAGUAUUAGAAUAAGAAAUUCCAAAUUAAAAUACAAUUAGCGAAAGUGAAUAAGAGUAGGUUUAAAAUGAAGAAAUUGCAUUUAAAAGUGAGGAUAAAAACUUUGAAGUUCUUAAUUUUACUGAAAUUUAAAUCCCUGAACAAACUAAAGUUAUGCAAUCUAAACCUUAUUCAGAAAUAAUAAGGAGUUUGGAUUAGACUGAUUAUAUGGGGGAGUUCUUAGUUGCUCCAUUGAAAUAGGCUGGAAUGUUGUAAUGUGUAAUUAGGAGGGAGAGUUCUGGUUUAAAUAGUUUUAAACCAAAAUAUAAAUUGUAUUGGUAAGAAAAAAAGUAGUUUUUGAUAUCAGCGAGGAAAUAAUUGAAUAAACAUAAAUAUAAGUUGUCAUAGGACCCAGAUUUUUCAUCUAAAUUUGAUGCUGCUUUGAUAGGAAGAGUAGAAUAAAGCAAGUAAUCAAAAGCAGAUUACUUUCUAUUUGACAAUGGAGUAAAAACAGAUAAGGAGAAACAUUCAAUUAUCAAUACUAAACCUAGGAUAUAGUUGGGAGGAGUGUUCUUUGAAACUAACCAAGUUGGAUUAAAAUAACCGAGGAAAAUGAUGGUGUUAUUGAAAUAGAAUGGAAAUGAAAAUUAGAUUACAACAUUUGAAAAUAGAUAACCAGUUCUUAAGAAACAAUUUGAUUGUAAUUAAAUAAAUAACAAUAGAAACCAUUUACACUCUUGACUUUUUUGGGAGAGUUAAACAAGCUUCUGUUAAAAAUACUUAGUUAAUUAUGAAAAAUGAGACUAAGGAUUUGAUUUAUUUUCAAUUAGGAAAAGUUAAUGAUUAGUAAUUUAAUUUAGAUUUCAUGAGUCCUUUUAGUCCCCUAUUGGCAUUUUAAGUUGCAUUAACUAUAUUCGAUUUUUAAUCAAAAUGA